GCCUAUAUCUCCAUUCGUCAGUCACCACGUCUUCGACUCGAGACUCUCCCGGUUGGAUUGAGGCUGUAGGCGGUCGAAUCUCUCUAGAUUCCCCCGCGCUUUACAGACCCUCCUUCCUUUCUUCCCACGAUUCUGACGCUCCCCGGGUCACUCGUGUGACGUUCCUCCCUGUCUUCGCUGUCCGAACCGCAAGGGAGUCUCUGUGACGAGGCUCGAGCAGAAAAGAUGAACACCACCCUUCCGUCAUGGAAGGACCGGACACAGGGCCAGUUUGGAAAGGUUCAGAUCCAGGUACCAUGGCGAUCGAUCCAGCUGUUGGUCCCGCAUCGUAUGCGGAGGAAGCUGCGGUCCAAGUUGCGGAGUCGCGUGUCUCCAACGUCCUCGAUCGCAUCCCUCCAGACGUCGUUCUCGCCCUUGGAUACUUUGAAAUCCCUACAGGCGCACCGAUGGACCCUGUAUGACUUUCAAUACCUCCUAUUGAUGGUCUUGGGCAUCUUCUCCCUCUGUGUAAUGGAGGUCCCUGGGCCUUUCGUCAAGACGGCAGUCUCUACGCUGCUUCUCACCUCCUUACUCCUCCCCAUCACUCGACAAUUCUUUCUCCCCUUCCUUCCCGUUGCCGCAUGGCUCAUCUUUUUCUACGCUUGCCAAUUCGUUCCCAGCGACUGGCGCCCAGCAAUCUGGGUUCGUGUCCUUCCCGCCCUGGAGAACAUUCUGUAUGGUGCAAACAUCAGCAACGUUCUGUCUGCCCACCAGAAUGUCGUAUUGGAUGUGCUGGCGUGGAUCCCAUACGGCCUCUGCCAUUACGGAGCGCCUUUCGUGGUCUCUCUGAUCAUAUUCAUUUUCGGUCCGCCUGGAACCGUGCCUCUCUUCGCUCGCACGUUAGGCUAUAUCAGCAUGACGGCUGUCUUCAUCCAGCUGGUCUUCCCGUGUUCUCCGCCGUGGUAUGAGAACCUGUACGGCCUCGCUCCCGCAGACUACUCGAUGCCUGGAAAUGCGGCUGGUCUCUCCCGCAUUGACAAGCUCCUUGGUAUUGAUCUCUAUACUUCGGGCUUCAAGCAGUCACCGGUCGUGUUCGGUGCCUUCCCCUCACUCCAUGCCGCCGACUCGACACUGGCCGCUCUCUUUAUGAGCCAUGUCUUCCCCCGCCUCAAGCCGUUGUUCGUGACCUACACCCUCUGGAUGUGGUGGGCAACGAUGUACCUAUCGCACCACUAUGCCGUCGAUCUGGUCGCCGGUGGUCUCCUUGCUGCAGUCGCUUUCUACUUCACCAAAGCCAGAUUCCUGCCGCGAAUCCAAAGCGGAAAGAUGUUCCGCUGGGACUACGACUACGUCGAGAUUGGCGAUGCAGCAGAGGAGUUCGGCUAUGAUCUCGCAAGCCUCGAUGGCGACUUCAACCUGGACAGUGACGAGUGGACGGUUGGAUCGUCAUCCUCCGUGUCCUCUGGAUCCCUCAGCCCAGUCGACGAGCAUCACAUGUGGGAAGGCGAGACUCUGGGCUCUAAUUCCGACCUCGAGGCCGGUCGCUAAACCCCUUCUCCAGCGACCUGCCUGCUUCCACUGUAUUCGACGUGCAUAUACUGUGGUCGGCAUCGACCCCCUGCCGACUUUC